AUGCCUGUAACCCGGAGUUAUCAGUCGAAGAAUCCAGACAGUAAUGAAGAGGAGAAUACCAUAACUCAGGCGAACUCCCGUGUUGUACACUCGCUCCCAGUUUCACAAUUCUCAUCACCCUCUAAGUUUGACAUGUAUUGUGAUAGGGAAUUGAACAGGCAUACUGUAGCGAGUUGUAAUAGGCAUAGUUUAAGAAGAGAAUUACUUGAAGAGGAAUUAGAUUUAGAAUUGAGAGAGUUAGCCAGUAGACGCCAGCUACUCCAAACAAGACGAGAGUCGUUAACGGAGGUGCCCGGCGAAAAGAUGAAUGAGGACUCGUCCGAAGUGAAAUCGACCAAUCGAAGACAGCAACUAGCUGACAAUUCGACUGGGCAAACUGAUGCCAACAGUGCCAUCGAUGAAGGGAUGGUGCACGACACAGUGGAGGCGAUAAACACCACGUCCCCAAUGGUCACUGAUCUUGAUGCAUCACGUGAAUGUGUGAUUCAGGAUCAUCCAAUAUCAUCAGCCUGCGUCCCUACCGAGACGUCUCUGAAACAGUGGCGGCAACUAGCCGAUCCAAAACUUCACAAAGUUGGUCACAAGUCAGUCCCACUUCAGCUUGAAAUGAACUUCCCGAAAGCCCAUCGGGCCAUUCAGAAGUGA